AGCCCCGCUGGUCUCUCCUUCGGGCGCCCCCAGGCCCCACGCCGGAGACCCCAGCAGUGGUCACCCGGCGCCGCGCUUGGCUCACAGUGGGCGCUCUGUGCACGUGUGCUGACCGAGUGCAGGUGUCGUUGGCACCAAAGCAGGCAGCCCUAGGCAGCUGGGCGCCGUGCAGCUUGGGUCUCUGGGUACCUGUUGGAUGUGUCUCGACUGAGGUCCUACAGUUCUUCGGAGAACCAUGUCGUUAGACUUUGGUAGUAUGGCACUACAGACACAAAAUGAAGAUGAAGAAUAUGACAAAGAGGACUAUGAAAGGGAGAAAGAGUUGCAGCAAUUACUCACGGACCUUCCCCAUGACAUGCUGGAUGAUGACCUCUCCUCGCCUGAGCUCCACUACUCGGACUGCAGUGAGGAUGGCACGGAGCGACAACCCCAUCAUUCGGAGCAGUUGGAGGCGAACUGGAACGAGCAUCAAGUGCUGCCCAAAUCUCAAAGUGUAAAUGGUUUAUAUGAAAAUAGAAGCAAAACUGAAGACGGACAUCUUGAGUACCAUCCUGAAGAAGGCGGAGAUGAAGGUGGAAGUGGGUACAGUCCUCCAAGUAAAUAUGAACAGGCUGAGUUAUAUGGCCUUCCUGAGAACUUCAGGCCAUACACCAGCGGUCGGAAGCAGGAAUUCAAUAGCCAACCAAGCAAUGUCAUUACAUUUUCAGAUCCUCAGAGGAACCAUUUUCAGCAUCUUGGUUCAUCACAGAGUCCCAGUUGUCCAGCUUUGGAAUCAUACAAAGUGACAUAUAAACCUUUUCAGUCUUCUGCUCAGAAUAAUGGCUCACCAGCCCAGGAGGUGGCACGAAGUGACACAUUUGAAGGCCUGCAACAACAGUUUUUAGAAGUUAAUGAAAGGGAUUCUGCAGAAAAUAUGCAGAUUAUUCAACUUCAGGUUCUUAACAAAGCCAAAGAGAGACAACUAGACAACUUAGUUGAAAAGUUAAAUGAAAGUGAACGUCAGAUUCGGUAUCUGAAUCACCAGCUUCUCAUGAUCAAAGAUGAAAAGGAUGGAUUGAGCCUCAGCCUUCGAGAAUCACAGAAACUCUUUCAGAAUGGAAAAGAAAGAGAAGUACAGCUCGAAGCACAGAUAAAAACGCUGGAGACCCAAAUAGAAGCCUUAAAAGUCAAUGAAGAAAAGAUAAUCAAGAAGUCCAGAACAACUGAGAUGGCUCUGGAAAGCUUGAAGCAGCAGCUGGUCGACCUUCAUCAUUCCGAAUCACUGCAACGAGCUAGAGAGCAGCAUGAGAACAUCGUCAUGGGCCUCACCAAGAAGUAUGAAGAACAAGUGUUGUCCUUGCAGAAGAAUUUGGAUGCUACAGUUACCGCACUUAAGGAACAGGAAGAUAUUUCCUGUCAUUUGAAAGAUCAUGUGAAACAACUGGAAAGGAUUCAAGAAGAAAUCAAAUUAGAAAAGACUGAGAUCAUUAACAGGUUGACAAGAAGUCUAGAGGAGAGUCAAAACCAGUGUGCCCACUUGUUGCAAUCAGGCUCAAUGCAGGAGGUGGCCCAGCUGCAGAUCCAACUGCAGCAAGCACAGAAGGCAUAUGCUAUGAGCGAGAGCAUGAACAAGGCUUUGCAGGAAGAAUUAACAGCGCUAAAAGAAGAAAUUUCUCUCUAUGAAUCUGCUGCAAAACUAGGAAUACUUCCAACUGAUUCAGAAGGAAAGUUAAAUAUAGAACUCAGUGAAUCAUAUGUGGAUUUGGGUAUUAAAAAAAACAAGCAGAAGAAAUCCAAAGUUCACAGCAUGGUUCAGCAAGAAGACUCAAAUGAAGAACUUCUGAAGGAUGAGGUCAUCCUAAAGUUGAAGGCAGAAGUGCAGCGUUUGCUGGAUAGCAACUCAGUGAAGCGUCAUCUGGUGUCUCAAUUACAGAAUGACCUCAGAGGCUGUCAUCAGAAAAUCGAAGAACUCCAACAACUGAAGGAUGAGAAAAGCAAUGGAGUGGAGAAUAAAACUUCGGAAAAACCAACAAAUCAGUUAUGGCCUGACCCUUCUACAUUUGAUAUGAUUGUCAGAGAUGACAUUUUGCAGCUUAAAAAUGAAAUUCAAGUUUUACAACAACAAAACCAGGAACUUAAGGAAACUGAGGAAAAAUUGAGAAAUACAAAUCAAGAUUUAUGUAAUCAAAUGAGACAGAUGGUACAGGAUUUUGACCGUGAUAAACAAGAAGCUGUAGACAGGUGUGAGAGGACUUACCAGCAGCACCAUGAAGCCAUGAAAGCCCAGAUCCGGGAAAGCCUCUUGGCAAAGCAUGCUUUGGAGAAGCAGCAACUCUUUGAGGUUUAUGAAGGGACUCACUCACAACUUAGGUCUGACUUAGAUAAGAUCCAUAAGGAGAUGGCUGCUGUGCAGGAAUGUUACCUAGAAGUGUGCAGAGAGAAGGAUAAUCUAGAAUUGACUCUCAGGAAGACCAUUGAGAAGGAGCAGCAGGCCCAGGAGAAGAAGAGACAGCUAUUGGAGGAAAGAGAAGAAUAUGUAAGCAAACUGCAAUUGAAACUUGAAGAAAAGUAUCAAGAUGCUCUUAUGGUGGAAAAGAAAAAAUGGCUGAAAGAACAAGAAACUGAUAUUAAGCAGCAGGUUGAAAAUGAAGUGGUAUUAGCCAAAACACACUGGGAUAAGGAACAGAAAGAGAUCAAACAAAAACUCAUCCAACAACUUGAAAAGGAGUGGCAGUCUAAGCUGGAUCAAACUAUAAAGGCACUGAAAAAGAGGACCUCCGAUUGUGGCAGCCAAACCGACCAAGUAACCACCCUUGAUGUUAUUUCCAAGAAAGAGAUGGCAGUCAUGAUAGAAGAGCAGAAGCGAAAGAUCCAGCAAGAUUUAGAACAGGAGAAGGAAGUAGCUAUCAAGGGGGGUCUGAAGAAGCUCGAAAUCGAAUUGGAACUCAAAUACUGUGAAAAUAUUGCCAAACAGGUAGAAACAGCAGUACAAAAUGCUCGACAUCGGUGGCUGGAAGAACUGCCUGAGCUUGCGGAAUAUAAAGCGCGCGUCAGAGCAGAGCAAAAGAAGUGGGAAGAGCAGCAAGCAAUCUCUGUGGCCAAACAGAUAUCACUUGCUGUUUGCGAAGCUAAAGAGAAAUGGAAAAGUGAGCUUGAAAAUAUGAAGAAAAAUGUCAUGCCUGGAAAGGAACUGGAAGAAAAGAUUCAUUCUCUUCAGAAGGAACUGGAGUUAAAGAACGAGGAAGUCCCGGUGGUUGUCAGGGCUGAGCUGGCGAAGGCCCGGAAUGAAUGGAAUAAAGAAAAGCAAGAAGAAAUUCAGAGAAUUCAAGAACAAAAUGAGCAGGAUUACCGACAGUUUUUAGAUGAUCAUCGAAAUAAAAUUGGUGAGGUGCUUGCAGCAGCUAAAGAAGACUUUGUGAAACAAAAGACUGAACUGCUUCUUCAGAAGGAGACUGAAUUACAAGCAUGUCUAGACCAGAGUCGUAGAGAAUGGACCGUGCAGGAGGCCAGGCGGAUAGAGCUGGAAAUCUCUCAGUAUGAGGAGGACAUCCUCACCAUGCUGGGAUUUCUCUUAAGGGAUACUCAGAAGGAGUGUGUCAGUGGGUCAGAGGACUCACAGCUUAUGGAAAUAAUGUCCAUUUGUUCUUCAAAAUGGGUGUCCGUGCAAUAUUUCGAAAAACUAAAGGCCUGCAUCCAGAGAGCAUUUCAAGAUACACUCUCCCUACUUAUUGAAAAUGUCAGCCUGGAAUGGGAAAAGGCAAGUAUGGCUAAGAUCUCUGCGGAUCCUGCCACCCAGGGCAUUGGCAGAGGAGACCUGGGAGCAACAGCAGCCCUUCCCGCGUCUACUUCUGGACACCGUGCUCAGCCACUGGCCUGGCAAGAAACAGCAGCAGAAGCUGAUAAGAAAAAGAUCCUUGAAAUUAAGAAUUUAUGCUGUGGACCCUGCUUUCAAGAACUUGAAAAGGCAAAGCAGGAAUGUCAAGAUCUGAAAAGAAAACUGGAGAAAUGCUGUAGGCAUCUUCAGCACUUAGAGAGGAAGCACAAAGCUGUAGUGGAAAAAAUUGGAGAAGAGAAUAACAAAGUUGUUGAAGAAUUAAUAGAAGAAAACAGUGACAUGAAGAAUAAAUUGCAAGAAAUGCAAGCACUUUGUAAAACACCACCAAGGUCUUUGUCAGAAGGGGCCAUUGAAAAUCCUUGCCUGCCAUGCCACGGGGAAGCCUUAGAGGAACUUCGUGGGCAGUACAUAAAAGCUGUAAAAAAAAUUAAACGUGACAUGCUUCGUUACAUUCAAGAGAGUAAGGAAAGAGCUGCAGAAAUGGUAAAAGCAGAGGUAUUGCGAGAACGCCAAGAUACUGCCCGAAAGAUGCGCAAUUAUUAUUUGACUUGCCUCCAACAGAUUUUGCAGGAUAAUGGAAAAGAAGAAGGGGCUGAAAAAAAGAUUAUGAAUGCUGCUAGCAAACUUGCUACAAUGGCAAAAUUGCUGGAAACGCCUAUUUCUAAUAAAUCCCAGAGCAGACUUACACAGUCAGUAGCCCUGCCCCUGGCUUCGGAGACACUAAUCGGAGUUGAAAAAUCAAAAAGAAAUGAAGUGCUUCAGAAUACAGCACGUUACAUUGAAAGCAGAUCAAACAGCGUCAAAAGUAUCCCCAAAAGUAUGUGUGAGCAAGUUCCUAAGAGGAGGGCUGCUUGUAACUUACGACGGCGGUUAGAGGACCCGGAGCACGGGGACACAAAACAUGUGGGUUCCAAAGGGUCCCUUUCGGACUUUCAGUUUGGAGAUGGUAGUGGCAAGCACCUAGAUGUUUUGCCCAAGAAUGUUUCUCCUGAGUUUGUUCCGUGCGAAGGUGAAGGAGGCCUUGGUUUGCACAAGAAGAAAGACCUACUCAGUGAUACUGGUUCUGAGUCACUUCCACACUCGGCCACAUACCCCUGCCCUGGAACCUUUGGAAAUAAACCCUCACCUAGAUGUGCCCCUGGUCUUUCUGAAUCAGGAUCCACACACAUCACCUUUCAGGGUGCUAAGGAAAGGCCUCUUUUGAAAGGAUACACACACAAUUCACUAAUGGAAAGUGAAAAUGCUCUGUCCGAGGAAAGCCAAAGCCUGGGUGUUCAGGAAACUCCGGUAAAGGAUGGAGGGGACCCUAGUGACUCCUUAGGCUGCCAUCCCACCAGUGCAGCUCUACCCUGUAGCAGCCCUGAUGUGUCAUUUUUACACGGUAGGCUGCAAAACACCUUGGAUAUACUGGGUGAAUCUGUUCAUUUCAAACAGUUUUCAGCAACCAAUUGUCUUUCAGAUACAGAGAAAAAUAAUAUGGUUUGUCAACCAAUGAAAUGUCAGAGUGAUCAUGUUCCAGACCUGUCAGAAGAAACCAAGUAUUCCCAGCUAGGGAAGAUCAGUGUGACUCUUGGACACCCACCUCAUCCUAAGGCUGAUAACUUAAAGUCAGACUUCCAAACACUGAGCAGGACAGUGCCAACUUCAAUGUGUCGACAGCCUGCAAGGAAGUUAAUUCCUCCCCUGUCUAGCCAACAAGAUAGUGGCUUUGACAGCCCAUUUGUCAAUCUAGAUUAAUCACUGAACAGUCUUUAAGAAGAAUCAUUAACAUAUUGAUCAAAUUACAAGGAAAGACUUCAUACUGAAAAAUUGUGGAUUUCUGCCUAUCUUGAGAUGUUUUAAUAACAUCUAUUAUAUGAGUAAAGCAUUCUCAUAAAACUGUUUGGGAUAUUUAUGUUGCCUUAAUCUUCCAAAGGCCUGAUGGUAUAUGUGUAAUGUGCUUCUGUGUGGUGCUUAUAUUUGGUUGCUAAACCAUAUAUUUUUAUACUUACAAAUUGGCUCACUAUGUAGUGUUAAAUUAUUUAAAUAA